AUGAAAGCAUGUUGCAAUGGUUUCAUUUAAAACUCCACCUUCGUGCAUUCUCGUCACACAGUCAUUCUUACAGUCGUGCAACAACCACGCGAUGUUAAUGAUUAAAGACUUGUAACUGGUUUGUGAAUAUCGUCAGAGCUUUGAAACAAAAGCUGGGAAAAUGAGAUGGAAAGACAAAGUCGUCACUUUUCUGUGCGCUGCGUUUCUUCAGGUAACCACCAUGACAAACACUAAGUUUAAAGAUAAAGUUAAUUCAUCUGCUUUAAAAGAUGGUGAAUUUGUCAAGAUAACUGAUUGCUCUAAGCCAGUGUUUCUCAGAGCUGGUUUGAACGCGACUGUAUACUGUAAUGCGACCGUCAUUCUUGACUGUAAUGUAAAUGGUAAAAAACUAAAUUUAACCACAUGGUUUUCCAUGGGUGAAAAACUUGCUGGUGGCGAAGAUGGUAGGCUCGUUAUAAAUGUCUUUGACGGUGGCGAUGGGAUGUACACUUGCAUUAGUCAGAAGAAUGAUACAAACAUUAGUACAACCACAUUUAUCAAACACAAAGCUCCUCGUGUUCCGACAAUUCAUGGUGAUACAAAGAGUCUAAUAUUCACGGCUGACUUUAAGAUUUUCCCCGUGAUAGUUGGUAGUAAUGUAACGGCUUAUGGAAAAUGUCUGUUGAAGAUUGUUUGCAAUGUAAGUGGUGAUCCACGACCUUUCAUCAUGUGGAGUAAAAGUGGUGGCAAAAUAGAGAGAAAAUUCAUCCGCGGAGAGAACCUCUUGCUGCCUCGUAAUGUUGCCUCAUCUGGAAGAUAUAUUUGCAAGGCUGUAAAUGCUUUUGGAUUUGCUGAAUUGACGUCUGAUAUACGUUUUGUUGAACCCAUUCCUCCAAAUAUUUUGGCCUCGAAAGAAAUUAAAACUGCGGUUCAUGGCGAAGACAAUGUGGGGCUCACAAUUGGAGAUGACGUAACCACUAUAGCUGGAACUGAUGUCUUAAUCAGAUGCUCAACCAGAGGUAAACCUAUGCCAAAGCUGUCUUGGCUUUACAACGGUCGUCCUUGCAUCCACUGUGUGCCAAAUCAGAAAAUGAACAGUUAUGAAUUUCCAUUAAAUAAAAGAGCUAUUCAGUCGAAUCAGAGUGGAAACUACACGUGUGUAGCUACCAAUGCUUUUGGGGCCUCGUCAGUUUCCUCGCAUGUCGAAGUGAUUGAACCUAUGAUACCCUACAUCAAUAGCUCAUCAGAAGACUUAGUCGUUUAUGAUAUGUCAUUUCCGAUACUAAAAAUGAUUGGUGGAAGCAUCACAACGAUCGUGGGAUGCUCUUUUAUAUUGCAAUGUCAAUUCAGAGGUGUUCCCAGACCUAAGAUCACGUGGAAAAAGGGAAAUCUACGGAUGGUCUCUAGCAAGAGAAUCAAUUUUUUCGAGAAUCGUGUUGAGGUGCGUGGAAGUAUGAUGUCAGAUACAGGAUGGUACUCGUGCACUGCUUCUAACGGCGCUGGUACAGUGACGAGAUCAACUUUCGUCAAGUUAUUGGUACCAACCAAACCUCGUAUCAGUGUGACAAAAUUUUACAAACCAUUCCUUGCCAACGACAAACCCACCCCACUGCACAUCGGAGUCGGAAUCAACUUGGUCAUUAUGGCGUACAGAGAACUCACACUCUACUGCCGAGCCAGAGGUUUUCCACCUCCCGUUGUGUCAUGGGAGAAAAAUGGCUUUCCAUUGCAGUAUAAUGAAAAUGUUGUUGUAAGUCGUGGAGGUUCUAAACUGGUGUUUCGACGAUUGUUGCCGUCACAAAGUGGUAACUAUACAUGCAUUGCAUCUAAUGCUGCAGGUGAAGAUAGAAGGAAAACUGAACUUACAUCUUUAGCUCCAUACAAGGCCAAACUAAUUAUAAAAAAAUCAGUGUCUCAAAGUUUUCAGCUUUCCCCUCCAAAUGGCAACAUUCGUUCAUCUUUGCAGCAAGAACAGUCGUAUUUAUCUGUACAAUCUACGGUUACUCUUGAAUGUAUUGCCAAAAAAAGCUAUCCCGAAGUUCGUUUUCAGUGGUUUAAAGAUAAUCGACUCGAAAGAAGACGUACAAUAGAAGUUCCUAAUAAGUCAAAACUGGUAUUACAAAAUGUAACAAAAAGCGAUGAAGGAUUAUACAAAUGUGUUGCUAAAAACUAUCUUGAACGCCACGAAAAGACCAUCCGGAUCAUUUUAAGAGAUACAUUAAGAAUGAAUUCAUUCCAAGAGAUAGAUAGAUGACCAUGCAAAGAAAAACUUUAUAAAACACUAUCUUAUUUCGAUAGAAAUAUUUAGAAAAGCUUGACUUAAGUUUGUUUUGUAUUAUAUGAGAUAUAGUAAAUUUUAAAACAUUUACAUUUGUGGUGUUGUUGUCGAUGAAUGUAUUUACUUUUUUGCCUCCUUCAUCUCCGCUUUUGCUUCUUCUUUUGUGUUUUUAUUCUGCAAACAUUAUGCUAGCUUAGCACGAAGCUGGUAUUAAUAUAUCUGUUGUAUACAGUGUACUGACGAAUUCAGUGACGAGUAUUCAACUAAUUACCACAGCCAAAAAUCAUUUGUGCCUACUUUUCUGUGUAGUUUUUGGUAUUCAUGCCUUUUUUUUUCUCUCUGAGUUGACGCAGAGGUAGACACGAAGGUAGAUACAAAUGUAGACAAAAAGGUAGACAUCAUGGUAGACACAAAGGUAGACAUAAAGAUUGACACAGAGGUAGACACAAAGGUGGACAUAAAGGUAGAGUAGACACAAAGGUCGACAUAAAGGUAGACAUAAAUUUACACCCAUGUCUUACGUGUUGAGCCUGGUUCACACGAGUGAAA